ACCUAACUAAAAGUUGUCGGGCCAAUAACGUCAGCUACUGUCAAGCCUUCAUUCUCUUAAAGAUGCCUAAGGUGAACAGAUGUGUCGCGUCAUAGGUAUGACUAUAUAGCGGAUUAUAAGAUUAGCAAAAAUAAUAAAAUUAUAACACCGUUGGAACGAUGCGUUGACCAAUCAGCAUCAAAGAACGGCCCUGAACUAGCGUCUUCUAUUAGGUCAUAAUGGAUCGCAUCAAGGUUACUGUGACGUAAUCAAUAUCGUGUUAUAAAAUAUGGAUGUUUGUGACACUCUUUAGCGAAUGGUCACUACCAUUCUGCUGCGGGAUACGGGAUGGAAUCGUUAUUCCCUCCUAUAAGCCCGGUGCAGUCACCGCACAGGUCUUCAGCCCCGCUUCACGAGACUAAGAUGCGUCCUGGGAAGCUUCCAAUAAUUCCAGGGGCUCAGCUGACGUUGUCGAGGUCAAAACUUGGCGAGAUGCUGUACAAGCCUCCCACUGACUUCCUCAACAAAGAUCCAGUACCGAAUAUGAAGCCCGACUACAACAGCCUGCAUGACCCACACCUCCGCGAUUACUAUCACAGGAGGGACCUGAAUGACAGGCUGAAGAAGGGCAACUUCAUUACAGCAGACAACGAGGUGAUAUGCACUUUGAAGGAGUACAAUACUUAUGAGGAGUACCUUGAACGCCUCAAGGCCGUUGCAGACAAAACUUACCAUGAUAAACAGAGUGGCAAGCUGAGGAAAUUAAUUGAGCUUCAGGACAAGGGCCUCAUCCCAGGGAAAUUAAGCCUUGUUGAAAUGGAGGCUUUUCUGGAAAAAGAUUUGCCAAGCCAGCCCCAGAGACGGGCUAAGGUAGAGGAGGACUGUGGGCAAAGCAAGGAGUGUCUCUACAGAGCACUGGACAUGGAGAAGAUCAAGGAGGAGGAUCGUGCGAGACUGGUGAUGUUUGAGAAGCAGUACCGGCAUGAACAUAAGAGGGAGAAGUACCUGAAAGAAGCCCAAGAGCAGAGGGACAGGAAGAAACAAGCUUCAAUGGAGAAGAUAUGUGCCAAGAAACAGGAGAAAAUCAUGAUGGGUUCUGGGGUGGUGAUGGUGAUGCUCCCUGAAGAUCUUAAGCCAAGAGAAUGUCAAUGCGGACACCCAGCGAAACCAUGCAUGAAGCACCUAGAGCCACUCCCUGACACAGCAAGCUCAUCUGGACACGACCCAUGCAGAGCUGAUCAGGCUUCAAUGGACAAGCCAUGCACCCAGAAGCAGAAAGUUGUGGUGGAAUCUGAGAUGAGGAAUGAGGUGCAGCUUGAAGAUGCCAAGCCAAGGGAACACCAGCGACUACUGCCGGCGAGACCGCGCAUGAAGCACCCUGAUCCAUACACUGACACCUCAAGCUCACAUGGACACAAGGCGUGUAAGGUGGACCAGAAACAAGCUUCAGUGCUGCGAGAAUCUGCCAUCCAGCAGAAAAAGUCCCAGGGGAAGAUAGUACUUACUGAGGAAUCCAAGAGAAGGGAGGAGUGUGUUAAUGAUCCUGAGCACUCGGAUGAGAAAGUUCUGGAACCACCACAGCAGGACUACCAGCACCAGCACCGGAGUACCCUGCCAGACAAUCAAUGCACCGAGCUUCCUGCUUUGCAAUCUAGUCUCGCAAAAAUAUAUGGACACAAGGGAAUUAGAAUGGAUCAGAAACAAGGUAAAAAGAAGCAAAAAAGUGGGAUGCUUUAGAGGAGGGUGAAAGUAAAGACAGAAUCUUCUAGAAUUUAAGGAGACGACAGGUGAACCUUUGGGAAGCAGACAUGUUGGAGUUGUAGGAGUGGCAGAAAAAAAGAUGAGUAAACAGUGAAAUAAAAAAGACGAUGUUUUAUGAACAACAUUUAACUGUGGCGGGCUCAAAUUCAAGAAAUGCUAAAGAAACAGUCGAUCUUGGUGCUGGUGUUGGGUCGGGAGGCAUGCAGCUAAUGUCACUUUUUAUCUGUGUCAGUUUGAGUGCGAGACUGUGGAAAGGAAGCUCUGUGCAAGAGCUAAAGAAGAAAAUUAUAGGUGAAGGCUAAAAACCUUGUAGCGUACAUGUUAAAAUUAAAAAAAGUUUUGAUAAAACAUUUAUAAUAAGACUUAAUGGAGUACAGGAAUGCCUGACUCUUUUGCCCUCUAACUGGAAGCUUCCUUUAUUC